UCAGAACCCAAACUUGCAAAGCAUACACAGCAACGCCCUGCCAUGGCCAUCACCUCCACCAACGGUGCCGCUGCGCCCACCCAUGCCGCGAACGGCGCGGGCAACCAGGCUGGCCGCGACCACGUAGUGGUGUUCCCGUUCAUGGCGAAGGGUCACACCCUCCCACUGCUCCACUUCGCCACGGCGCUCACCGUGCACCAAAAGAACCUUCGCAUCACCAUGGUUGUCACGCCCGCCAACCUCGCUUUCGCCCGCAGCCGCCUCCCGGCGUCGGUGCGGCUCGCCGUGCUCCCGUUCCCGUCGCUCCCUCCGCUGCCAUCCAGCGUCGAGUCCACGGACACCCUGCCCGGACCGGACCUCUACCCGACGUUCCUGCGCGCCACGGCGCUCCUGCGGGAGCCCUUCGCGGAGUUCAUGGCGUCGCUCCCGGCCCCGCCGCUCGUGCUCGUCUCCGACUUCUUCCUCGGGUUCACGCACCGCGUCGCGGCCGACGCCGGCGUCCGCCGCAUCGUGUUCCACGGCAUGUCAUGCUUCUCGAUGGCCGCCUGCAAAUCGCUCAUCACGAGCCCGCCGUCGUCCAGCGCCGAGCACGGCGCCAGUUUCCACCUGUCCCGUAUGCCGGAGCACGUAAGGAUCACGGCCGCGGAUGUCCCGGACACGAUCGCCAAGAUCGGCGACGCCGAGGACCCGGUGACUCGGUUCCUUAUCGAUGACAUCGGCGAGUCCGACGCGCGCAGCUGGGGCGUCCUGGUCAACAGCUUCGGCAUGUUGGACGAGGACUACGUAUCGGCCUUCAUGUCAUUCUACCAGCCGGACGCGCGCGCCUGGCUGGUGGGCCCUCUGUUUCUCGCUGCCGGCGACGUGCCGGUGCCGGAGCGCGUGGAGGAGCAGGACCCCGAGGGGUGCCUCGCGUGGCUCGACGAGAUGGCGGAGCGGUCGGAGUCGGUGAUCUACGUGUCGUUCGGCACGCAGGCCCAUGUCUCCGACGAGCAGCUGGACGAGCUGGCGCGCGGGCUGGUGCAGUCCGGCCACCCCUUCCUCUGGGCCGUCCGGUCCGGCACGUGGUCGCCGCCGGUGGACGUGGGGCCGCGCGGAAGGAUCGUCCGCGGGUGGAUCCCCCAGAGGAGCGUGCUGGCUCACCCCGCGGUGGGAGGGUUCGUGAGCCACUGCGGGUGGAACUCGGUGAUGGAGAGCCUGGCAGCGGGGAAGCCCGUUCUGGCAUGGCCACAGAUGGCCGAGCAGCACCUGAACGCGCACCACGUCACGCACAUCGUCGGCGCCGGGGUCAGGAUAAUGGCCGCCGCCGGCGCGGGGGGCGUCGGCGUGGUGGACAGGGCGGAGGUGGAGCGCAAGGUAAGGAGGCUGAUGGACGCCGGCGACGCGGACGGGCAGAAAAUGCGGGCCAAGGCGGCCUGGGCUCAGAAGGCGGCCAAGUCAGCGGUGAGCGACGGUGGCACCUCACGUGUCGCGUUGCUGAAGCUGGUGGAGGAGCUGCAGGGGAGCUACUGUGGCGUCAUCGAGGAUCAGUCCUGAUCAAAUCAAGCGCCGGCGACGGGUAGGAUAUGGACGCGCGUGGUUUGUGAAAAUAACUUCACCUGCUGUGUACGUCACCGGUGUGUAAGUGCUCCUCCAUGUAUUAAUUGUGUAGCGACGUGACCGUGCAGUUCUCAAGCUGCUGGUCGUUUGCUUCAUUUUAGCUAUAUAUACUAGAAGUAGCAAAGAUUUUCGUGUGUUACAACGGGAUAAUAAAACCGUGAUUUCUAAAU